ACCCCUUUCGAGGACGGGACUUUCAAACUUACAAUAGAAUUCACAGAAGAAUACCCAAAUAAGCCACCUACUGUUAGAUUUGUCUCUAAAAUGUUUCAUCCAAAUGUCUAUGCAGACGGUAGUAUAUGUCUGGAUAUUCUUCAGAAUCGUUGGAGUCCUACUUACGAUGUCUCCUCCAUCUUAACAUCCAUACAGUCUCUAUUGGAUGAGCCAAAUCCGAACAGUCCAGCAAACAGCCAGGCAGCUCAGCUAUACCAAGAGAAUAAGCGGGAAUAUGAAAAACGGGUUUCUGCAAUAGUAGAACAGAGCUGGCGUGACUGUUGACCCAGGAUGAUGCAAAUGAACACUCUGUUGAUGAGGAAAAUAAACAAAGUGUCCGAGUCAUCUUUUUCCUCCUAGCAUUUACUUUGCAAGCAGAAUAGCUGUUGUGCUGUUGCCACCCUCCCUUGCUGAAGCUUCUUCUCCUUGGACAUCAGAACGCACCCACUUUGAAGUCAAACGUUCUGUACUUGGGUUACUUGCAAAAGAGUUACUGAUGCUGAAUUCAUUUUCUGUGGUCCCUCUCCAGUCUUAGGGCAGUAUUGUGCAUUUCUGUAGUGUACACUAAGCUUUUAAUUGUAAUUGUGUUAUACACAGUGACGCUUAUGUGUAGCUUGAUAAAAGGGAUGUUUAUAUACAUACACAUUUUUUAACUGAUAUUAACUAAAGUGCUGAUGUGUCCAGGCUGGUCACUUCCUCUACUAUUGGUUUAGACCCCACUGCAUUUGUAAGUAUUGAGUGAAGAAAUAACCUGUUUCCUUUUUGUAUUGGUUUAUCAACUCCUUACUCAUGUUAAAAAAAUUAACUCUUCAAUUGAUUUCAAUUCAAAGAUUUAGUAAGACCCUGGAAUGCUUGUUACUUCUGCACUUCACAUGCAAGAUUUAUGUACAGAUCUACAUAAAUCACUUCAGCUGUGGUACUUGGAUCUUUACUGAGGGCAAGAAACAAGCCCUUUUUUUAUUAUUAUUAUUAUUAUUUUAAAGGACAUGCCUACAGAAAUGUCAGUAGGCUUCUAUAGUCCUGUCACCGAGGCAUUACUGGACAAAACCAGGUAGAGGUGUGGUACUCAGCAAAAGGCCUUCCAUGUUAAGGAAGAGGUAAAACAUGACCUGUUCAGCUGUGGAAUUACUCUCCUCUGGUAUCUUUCUCCUGCCCCUUAUAUUUAGCUGAGAAAGAUUAAGUUCUUUGGGAUCUAACUUUGUCUUGUGGAAAGUUUGAAUUAAGUCCAGGGUAGGCACUCGAGUCUCUGCAGUUUCUGCUCUUUGUAGAUGACCGCGUGGUUUGUGUGAGCUACUGCUGCAUGCUUGAGUUUGUUCCCUUCAGUUUUAUGAAAGUAUUUUUUCAACUCUGAAAAAAAAAAACAUUUGUAAGUCCAGACUCACUUUUUUUGUAAGGCAAGUUUGUACCUUUGGAUACAGAACCUUAAGCAGCAGUGUGGGAUGGAACCUACAAUUGUGUUGUCCACUGUUCCAGUGUCUUUUGUGUGCACAUUGGUCUGUUAGUUGAAAAGUAUAACUUUGCACAAGUAACCCAUGUAAGAAACUGUACAUUUUUCAAAAGUUGUAAAUAAAGUGUAACCUUAGUGCUUAUUGUAUAAAUAGGCAAGAA